UAUGCGUUUCCAAGGUCCUUUGUAUCUGUUUGGACUGUCUUUCUCUUUCCUCCGGUUUCUCAGAGUCGGGUUUCCUUUGUCUCGACGGCCGCGCCGCCCCCCCUUUUCCGGUUAAAAGCUCGGGCUCGUCGGCGAGCAGGCGAGAGUUUCUGGCUGCUGCAAAGCCUAUAAAUUUCUGCUUCCAGCGAGCCAAGGGAGUGAACCCACCUAUUUACCGUAUCGUCACUGCUGGCUGAUGGCUAGUGGUACUCGUUUAGCACGUCUGAAAAUGCUUGAAGAUGACGAUGUCUCAAAGCAUAAAACUAGAAGGCUUGACAAGUUAAAUGCAUCUCCUAUACAGAAGAAGGUGGGAAGCACAUUAAAAAAAGUACCUGAAACCCCUCUUAGAAGAUCAGUAAGAACAGAACGAGUUGAAUCUUCAAGUUCUAGUGCAAAUUCCAAAAAGCAUGCAAGUCCAAUUAUUUCUAAGAAUAAAAAGAUGGAUGAAAGUAUCGGGCCUUCAAGCACCUCGGAUAAAGUCAAGAAGAGUACAAGCCCACAGACUAUGAAGAGAAAAGAUGUUGGUAGGACUGUCUCUUCAAGUGCUGAAAAUUUCGUUGUGAGUGCAAGUCCGCAAAAUAAGAAGAGAAAGGUGAAUGUAAAUAAUACUGUGUUAGGAACAAAUGAUACCAAGGGUCAGGACAGGGAUAAGAAGACAAUCAGAAAACAUUUGCAUGUUCAGACCUAUAAAAAAUUGCUCAAAGGACAGGCAAAUAAAUGUGGAAGCCGAGGUGUCGGUGAUUUGUGCCUUCAAGAAAACAGUCCAUUGCGAGCAUUUCUUUCUGAUCUAGGUUCCAAUGUUUCCAAAACACAGGAGGUUGGAGACGGGAAAAGGAAUGUACAUGGCGAGGGAGACUCAGGUGCAGAAACUGUAGAGCCAUUGGAGAGAGAAGACUUGAAGAACACAGAGCUUCUAGAUUCCAAUUUAGAUACUCAUCCUCUUUGUGAUGAAGCCAAUCAAAACAAUGAGACGAAGUCCAGCAGGUUUAAAUAUCAAAAAAGGAUUCUCCAUGACACUUUAGUGGAAUCAUCCGUAAAGGAGGUGCCUCAUCAUGAAAGUUAUACGAUGAACAUAGAAUCAUCUUCUCCCAUUAUAGUGGAACCUCGUGUCAGUGAUAGUGAAGUCCGAUAUGACGAUUGCACUGGGAAUAACAGUAAUAUUGACUCUAAAGAAUGUUCAGCUCAUUCUCAAACUGCUGUUGAUCUUAUUCCCAAUAUAUGUUUGGUUUGCAAACUAUCUGGAGAGCUCAUGUCUUGUUUUGGAAAAGGUUGCAAACGAAGUUAUCAUCUAUCUUGUUUGGAUCGACCGUUGCCAGGUGCUUGGUUGUGUAAGUUUUGCGUGAAAAAGAAAUUGGAAUCAGGUGUGUACUCUGUGUCCGAAGGGAUAGAGUCUGUUUGGGACAUUGAUGAGGGAGUGCAGAGUGGAAAGCUUUACUUUGUGAAAUACAAAGGCUUUUCACAUUCCCAUAAUCGUUGGAUUUCAGAAAGCCAGCUGCUUCAUGACGCUCCUUCACUUUUGGCCAAAUUCAGAAAGAAAGGUCUGAAGGAGAAGGUAAUGAAGUGGAGAAAAGAGUGGGCUGAGCUUGAACGUUUGUUGGAGAAAAGGUUAGUUGUACUUCCAGAAACUUCUGAUGAGUAUACAUCAGGGCCUGCCAUGGAGACUUCAAAUAGUUGUAUUGAGUGGUUUGUGAAAUGGAAAGGGCUUGAGUAUGAUCAAGCUACAUGGGAGUUAGAAAAGUCUUUACUUUCAGGCUCAUCUGAGGCUGCAAGACUUGUAGAAGAGUAUGGACAUCGUCGUGAUCACGCCAAGAGGUUACAUGAUCCUCUGAGACGUGAGAAGGUUCUACGGGUAAAGAAAGAUUCUUUUUACAAACUAACUAAGCUGCCUGAUGGUUGUCCUACUGAGCUUGGUAACGAUCAUUUAGGCUCUCUAAACCGCCUUCGAGAAUUUUGGCACAAGUCUGUAAAUGCUGUGCUCAUUGAUGAUCAGGAACGUUUCACAAAAUCAGUCCUAUUUGCUCUUUCUUUGCAAUGCUAUGCAUACCAACCUUGUCUUGUUAUCACAACAUCAGAUUCUCUUCCACUAUGGCAAGCUGAGUUUGGCCGUUUGGCCCCAUCACUUAAUGUAGUAACGUAUGAGGGUGACAAAGGUGUUCGGAAGAUGAUUAGGAAUACUGAAUUUUAUGAGGAAAGUGGUUGCUUAAUGUUUCAGGUGCUUUUGGCAGAUCAUGAAGCUAUUAACGAAGACUUGGGUGAUAUAAAUUGCAUUGACUGGGAAGUUGUGAUCAUUGAUAAAUGUCAGAACCCAAAGAUGUUUAGAUUUCUUGAACAACUAAAAAGUCUAAACGCAGAUUUUAAGCUUCUUCUUUUUAAUGGUCAAAUGAAGGAUAGCCUUUCUGAAUACUGUAUCCUUCUUUCCUUCCUCAGCAGUGGAGGAACCGUGGAUGAUUGUUUGGCUGACCUAAAGGCUGAUACUAAUGAAGCCCAUGGUGCUCUUGCUACCGUGAAAGAGAAAUUUGCACAUCAUAUUGCUUAUGAACGUAAAGCUGACUCAUCUAAUUUUGUGGAGUACUGGGUUCCUGUUCCACUCUCUAACGUGCAAUUGGAGCAAUAUUGUGCAACUCUUAUUUCAAAUUCAAAUGUUCUUCGUUCAAACUCAAGAUCUGAUGUUGUUGGAGCUCUUCACAGUAUUCUCAUUACUACCAGGAAGUGCUGUGAUCAUCCCUACCUCGUUGACUUAGAACUGCGAGGUUUACUAACUAAAGGCCUCCAAACUGUCGAAUUUCUAAAUGCUGAAGUGCGUGCAAGUGGUAAAUUGUUCCUGCUGGAUAAAAUUCUUCAGGAGAUGAAGACUCGUGGAUUAAGGGUGGUGAUUCUAUUUCAGUCUCUAGGUGGACCUGGAAAAAUUUCUCUCGGUGAUAUUUUGGAUGAUUUUCUCCAACAAAGAUUUGGUGUAGACUCGUAUGAGCGUAUUGAGAGUGGAUUGAUCCUGACAAAGAAGGUGGCUGCUAUGAAGAUGUUUAAUAACAGGGAAAGUGGGAGAUUUGUAUUUCUGAUUGAAAAGCGUGCUUGCCUUCCAAGUGUUAAGCUCCAUUUUGUUGAUGCCGUAAUCCUAUUUGAUAGUGAUUGGAAUCCAUUGAAUGACUUAAGGUCUCUGCAGAAAAUAAGUAUGGAAUCACAACAUAAUUGCAUCAAGGUAUUUCGUCUUUAUACAUGUUUUACAGUGGAAGAGAAACUUCUAAUGUUUGCAAAACAAGAUACUAUUCUUGAUAGUAAUGUUGAAAAUAUAAGUCGAAAUAUUACCCACUCAUUGCUUGGUUGGGGUGCUGCUUAUCUAUUUCGGAAACUUGAUCAGUUCCAUUCAAGCUCUGAAACAACUUGUAUUUCUGAACCUUCAUUUGACACGUUAUGUUUGAAUGAUGUUAUUUUGGAAAUACUAUCCGAGUUGCCGGGAAAAGUUGAAAUCACUGGAACUGCCCCUCACUCUAUUCUCAUGAAGGCCCAACAAAUUGGAGCAACAUACCCAGGAAAUAUUGUUUUGGUAGGCGAGAAGGAAGGGAACUCUUUGCCUGAUAAUGAUACGCCAAGUUUUUGGCCAGGAUUGUUGGAAGGUAGAUAUCGUAGAUGGAUACAUAUAUCUGACCGUACACAAAGGAUUCGUAGGAAAGUUCACAAUUUUGAUGGAUUUGUAAAGAGGAAUGAAGCCGAAAGUGAAACAAAGAAGCGCCGAAAAAUCAACAUCGUGGAUCCAGUCAUGCCAUUAGAAUGUUCUCGGGAAAAGGGAGUUUCAUCUAAAGAUAUCUCAGAUGCUCAGAAAUCUCGCAUUGUUGAAUCUGAAGAUAGGGAACCAAAGCUUGAAGAACAAAGAAGUCUUCUUAGGUUACUUCGUCCGGAGUUAUUGAAACUGUGUGACAUUCUCGGGCUACCAGAAUCUGUGGCAGGCAAGGCUCAAGAGUUUCUUGAGUAUAUUAUGAAUAAUCAUGACGUAUGUUCGAAAAAGGUAACGGUGUUGCAGGCUUUGAAGAUCUCUCUGUGUUGGCGAGCUGCGUCCAUGUCAAGGCACAGGUUGGAUCGUAUUGAAUCUCUUGAGACUGCAAAAAAGCAUUUGCAAUAUGAAUGUACUGAAGAGGAGGCGUAUUCUGUCUAUUCAAGAUUGAGGAUACUGAAAGAAAAAUUUUCUUGUCAGGCAAGAGUAUUGGAUAAUUUGAUAGAUCUUAACUCUCUUGAUAAUCAAUCAUCCUGUUUGAAAAGGAUAGAUUCUGGAAGAAAAUCUCUACCUGAGAGGUCUAAAGAAAUAGCAGUUUCUGACACUAAAGGUUUAGUUACGAUUGGGGGAGCUCCCGAUAGUUUCAAUUCCUCUGAAAAACUAGUCUCACCAAAGAAGGGUCAUGCCCCUCAUGGAACCCCUAUAAAUUUUCAUCUGAACGUUGAACCAGUAGAAGAUAAACUUUUGAAAAAUCUAUUUGAUUCCAUUGAGAAAGUUUCUUUAAGGAGAUCAGAAGAUCUUUCCCACAAGCACCAAGCCGAAAUAUUACAUUUUGGAAAACAAAUGUAUGAGGAAAGGGUGCAAUUCGGAAAGGCACAUGAUCUUGAUUUGGAAUUUCUUCGCUCUAUACAUAUCGAUUUGACUGUUAUAAAUUGGAAGAUAAAUUUGUUAACUCAAGAGUUUUCUUCUAAAAUGGGCAGGCUUUGUCAGCACCAUAAACAACAGAAGGUAAAAUUGUUGUCCAUGCAGCUUGACAUGCGGAGGAAGGAACAAGAGUUGAAACAUAGUUGGUUGGUGAAGGCAAAAACUGGUCAGCUGGAGGAAUUCUUUGAUAAUCUUCCUCUACCAGAGACUGGAUUCCGGAUAGAAAAAUUCGAGGAAUCAAGUAAAUAUGCAGGUAAUUGCACUGAGUCUGGAACCAUUAUACUUGAUUCCGCACCCCCGUCUGACGGCACAAAUGCUGAAUUGAUUAAAGCACCUACGGGUGAAUCUAGUGAAUCAGAAGAAUCUUGUCUUGAAGUUACAUCAAAUAUCUCGAGUGGAAGUGUGGAAAACGUUAGACUGUCAAAAGAUGCUUUGAUUUCCCACUCUUUGUUGAGUAAUGAUACAAGACCUAUUAAGCAUAUUAGAUCAACUGUACAGCCAUCAAUUCCUCCUGGGCUGGCUAGUGUGCUGCCCAUGAAUGCAGAGAAUCAAAGUCCUCAGUUGGAAGUCUUGAACCAACGUAGUAGCAAACAGACUGACUUGGUUGAUGACUCAAUAUUGUCAACGGCCAUUCAUGCUGGGAAGCAAGAAGGUAGAAUUAGUUCUAAUAUUCUAAACAUGGUAGGGUACAAGGGACAUCUCCUUUCCUCGGUACAAGGGAUUGCAAAUUCUGUGACUGCAAAUACUUUCUCGUCUAUUCAGGAAUUUUUUACUGCUGAGCAUCGAAGACCUAUUGUGACUUCUGCUUCCGGAAAUAACCAAGGAUUGGAUUGUUCUCAUGAUGUGGCUAAUCCACGAUCAAAUGUUUCCCUGCCACCUCCUAUGGAACUGAUGUGUAGCAAUGAUGCAGCACCUUUAAGUUUUACUAAUUGUCAGUCGUCUAUAGCUGAGCCUGACCUUGACAGAGUCCCGCCUGUUGGAUGCCAAGCGGAGGCUCGUUCGGGGCCAUAUUGUUCUGUUGGGCAGAGUGAAGUUCCAGCUCAACCGACAAUUAUGGAACCACCGGUCCAUCCAAUCCUAGAUAUUACAGAGCAUCCACUUACACCGCAAGAUGUUUUACCAGAAGAAUUGGCUUACAUACAUCUUAGAGAAACUGAUAAUCAGCAGAUCACUGAGAAUAUCCUUGAUCCAUCCAGAUCUCAGGAAGAUUUACCAUCCGAAAGAGCACCCUCUGAAGAUCUAAGAAGUGCUGGUGUUCAUUUAGAUCAAGGAAACCAGUUAAUUCCAGAUUUUUUGUCAAUAGGCUGGGUACCGGCUCAACCCAUUUAUGCUGAUCCAUUUCAGAAUGAAUUAUUAAGAAUCCGAAAACAGAAUGAUUCAUGUACCAAAAAGCAUGAAGAAAAGAAAGCACGACUUCAAUUUGAGUGUGAACUAGAAAUAGAGAAGGUGAGAAGGAAAUAUGAUGCUCUAGUUCAGGAUGCUGAGAGGGAGCAUCUUCGGGAUCAAAACUUGGUUCAGGCAAUUUAUGAGAAGGUUUUCUUGCAUAAAGUUUUCGCAGAAGAAGUUAGGUCUAAGUUUUUUGAUAACAAAGAAGGAAUAUCAACACCAUUUCGAGGUCUGGAACUUAACCGUCCGAGCUUAAAUUUAUCUCAGCAGCCUCUGACAUCGCUAUCACAACCUCAGUCUUCCUUAAGGCCAGACUCAAUUGCGCCUUUCAUACCACCUUCAACUACCUCUUCUCAUCCUGCAACGUUAACCAUAAAUCAGGAAUCAACCGUCCCUCUACGUACUCCCAUAAGACCGCGAAAUCGUUUGCCAGCUUUGGCUCCAGUCCAUUCCACCGGAUCAUCUAGUCAAGCUGCUACGGUCUUCUCGCCCGCUACAGCCAGAGUGUGUGCACCUCGAGCUAACCUACAAGGUAGCCGCUCGCCUGCUCCUCAUCUCCAACGCUUUAGGCCCAAUGGGUCGUCGGUUCCAACUUAUAGCAUUCCAACUCCAGCUACUACUCAGCAGCCUUUACCUGCUGGCCAAGUUUCUACUACUGCAACAUCAGUUGAUUUGGUUUCUGUUUUGCCACCACCAUUAAACUCCACGCAACCUUCCAUCUCUCCUGCUCUUUGGAACUCGCAGCCUACGAGUUCUCCUAUGGAUCAGUUAGGCCAAGAUUUGGAAGCUGACUUACUAGAAUCUUUGCUGUUAAACUUACCAGGAAUGACUAAUGGAUUCCCUACCUCAAAUACGAUUGAUUUGAGCUCUAAUGCCUCACCAGACAUAAUCUGCUUAUCGGAUGAUGAGUAACAUACGAUGAAGAGGAAGGAUUAUGCACUACGGGGUGUAAUUCUGUAUAUUUUUUAUGAGACUCUCAGCUGUGCUCUUCACUUUCUUUGGAAGGCAUAAACUGGUCAAGUUCUAAGAUUGAGCUAAAAAUGAGUUGGGACUUCACCAGCAAUCUGCAGAGAGAUCAAGGGCUUCUUCCUUCUAUGAACUUCUGGUUGGUUGUCCACUCUCUUGGUUAGAAGUCUCUUUUCUGGGACUUUCAUUUUUGUAUACCAGAAUACUGAGCAUGUGUUGUAUGUAAAAAUUAGAUGUAAAUCUUUUAUCUAUUAUUUUAUAAAGAACGGUUACUAUAGUCGAAAUUCUUUUUAUAUGUAAUUACUUUUUAAGAAUUUCUUUAUAGGAAUUUCUUUGAAGCUGACUCCAGAUGACUGCUUUAUGUUCAUCUUCAACAAAGAAUUUCAGCAGCCUGAUUCCAUCAAUUAAUAGGAAGUAAUCACCAGGGAAGCUGUGGAAUAUUGUGCUUGUUGGCCAAUAGUUUUUGUGUAAUUUCUAUGUUUUUAAAAGAAUAGAGAUUCUUGUUAUUUUAAAACAAGAUAAAUCUGUAUUUGAGAGAGUAGGUAUGGGAGGAUUUGUGAGCGGUCAUCUUUGUACAAAAUUUUAACAGCAGAGCUAGGGUUGCAAAUGAACCGAACCAAACUGAGUAUGUAAGUGUUCAUGUUUGAGUUCAUUUAUUAUCAACUUGUUCAAA